AGCCUCAAACCGACCAGCUAGUAGAGAGGAGCGGGCUGUCUGCCUGGGGCUGCCAGGCGGGGGUUGUUUCGGGCCGCGUUCUCUGGCGGGACCGUAGAAAGGGUAGCAGCAGCUGCUGCUGUCAAAGAGCCGCGGGGAGAGGAACAGCUCCCCGUUCCUUACCCCGCCACCUCCCCCCCAUCCCACCCUACCCCUCCUCCCCUUCCCCCCUCCCCCCCCCCCCCCGGCUUCCCACCACGGCCGCUCUCGGCGAGGAAACUCUGGCCUCCGCUUCCUCCUCCUCCGACUCGGACACCGGCGGAGCCUCCCCGCCACCGCGGAAGAAAGCGCGGGCUUCCCCGGCGGCGGCGGCGGAGGGAGCAGGAGAGCCCGGGGCUUCCGCGGGCAGAGCAGGCCUCACCUCGUCUUCAUCCCCCUCGCUCUCCUGCGGGCUUGCCCCCCCGGCUGCCACCCCCCUCAGAGCCAGCGGCAGCACCAUGCAGGCCAACGGAGCAGGAGGGGGUCAGCAGCAACAGCCGCCGCCGCCGUCAUCGUCGUCACAGGGUCCGGAUAUGGGCUGCCUCAACGCCCAAAACGGCGAGGCCUCGUCGGGAUUGACCACUGGAGAGCAGUUAGCUCACGCCAAUGGGUUGCUGCCGUCGGCCAACAACGGCGACGGCGGUGGCGGCCCGAGUGUCAAUAAUGGGGUCUCGGCCCCCGCCGGCUCCGCGCUUGAGAUGGGGGGAGGCAGUGGUGUCGGCGUCGGCAGCAGUGCCCUGAAAAAGAAGAAGCGGCUUUCGCAAUCUGAUGAGGACGUGAUCCGGCUCAUCGGGCAGCACCUCCACGGUUUGGGCCUCAAUCAGACUGUUGAUCUUCUCAUGCAAGAGUCAGGAUGUCGUUUAGAACACCCUUCUGCCACCAAAUUCCGCAAUCAUGUCAUGGAAGGAGAAUGGGAUAAGGCUGAGAACGACUUGAAUGAACUGAAGCCAUUGGUGCACUCUUCCAAUGCAAUUGUGAAGAUGAAGUUUUUGCUGCUGCAACAAAAAUAUCUAGAGUAUCUGGAGGAUGGUAAAGUUUUGGAGGCACUUCAAGUUCUGCGUGGUGAGUUGACACCGCUGAAGUACAACACUGAGCGCAUUCACAUCCUUAGUGGAUAUCUGAUGUGUAGUCAUCCAGAAGACUUGCGUACUAAAGCAGAAUGGGAAGGAAAAGGAACAACUUCUAGAUCUAAACUUUUGGACAAGCUCCAAACUUACCUACCCCCAUCAGUGAUGCUCCCACCAAGGCGUCUGCAGAAUCUGCUACGUCAGGCUGUAGAGCUACAACGGGACCGGUGCCUCUAUCACAAUACUAAACUUGAUAACAAUCUAGAAUCUGUAUCACUACUCAUAGACCAUGUUUGCAAUAGGAAACAUUUUCCAUGUUAUACUCAGCAGAUACUUACAGAGCACUGUAAUGAAGUAUGGUUCUGUAAAUUUUCCAAUGAUGGCACUAAACUAGCAACAGGAUCCAAGGAUACAACUGUUAUUAUAUGGCAGGUUGACCCUGAUACACAUCAACUAAAACUGCUCAAGACUUUGGAAGGCCAUGCAUAUGGUGUCUCCUAUAUCGCUUGGAGUCCUGACGACAACUACCUGGUUGCUUGUGGCCCAGAUGACUGCUCUGAGCUUUGGCUCUGGAAUGUACAAACGGGGGAGCUAAGGACAAAGAUGAGUCAAUCCCAUGAGGAUAGCUUAACCAGUGUGGCCUGGAAUCCAGAUGGAAAACGUUUUGUAACAGGAGGGCAGCGUGGGCAAUUUUACCAGUGUGAUUUAGAUGGUAAUCUCUUAGACUCCUGGGAAGGAGUAAGAGUGCAGUGCCUGUGGUGUUUGACUGAUGGGAAGACUGUGCUGGCAUCGGACACACACCAGCGAAUUCGGGGCUAUAACUUUGAGGACCUUACAGACAGAAAUAUAGUACAAGAAGAUCAUCCAAUUAUGUCUUUUACUAUUUCGAAAAAUGGCCGGCUAGCUUUGUUAAAUGUCGCAACUCAGGGAGUUCAUUUAUGGGAUUUGCAAGACAGAGUUUUAGUGAGAAAGUACCAAGGUGUUACACAAGGGUUUUACACAAUUCAUUCAUGUUUUGGAGGCCAUAACGAAGACUUCAUCGCUAGUGGCAGUGAAGAUCAUAAAGUAUAUAUUUGGCACAAACGUAGUGAGCUGCCAAUUGCGGAACUGACGGGGCACACACGUACAGUCAACUGCGUGAGCUGGAAUCCACAAAUUCCAUCCAUGAUGGCCAGCGCCUCUGAUGAUGGCACUGUUAGAAUAUGGGGACCAUCACCUUUUGUAGACAGCCAGGAUAUUGAAGAGGAAUGCAGUAGCAUGGAUAGUUGAUGGUGAAUUCGGAGCAGACGACUUCUGUUUAACUUAAAUUUAGUCGUAUUUUAAAUGGCUUGGGAUUUGGUGCAAACAAACAUGAUUGAUAGCUGGACAGACAUGCUCAUCAUGAAAAUGAACCAUUUUUUAAGCCCGACUGGGGCCAAACAUUUUACCACCUUGCUUCAUAGUAAACAGUUGAGAUGAAGCACGUCGUUAGAACGUUGUUGGACACCAUGUUGAAGUAACCCCCCAUCGGUUGUGAAGAACUGUGCUACAUUCAGGCUAACCAUUGAACUCCGUAUAUACAUUUUCCCCUUCUGCCAUUUUGUCAGGCAGACUACUGUUCUUGUUGCUCUUCUGUGUAAUGAAGUUUAAAUGCUUGUUUGGAAAACCUUUUAUUUAACAGUUUAGAAAGUUUGAUAGAAAGAGUGCUUUAGUCUGAAGAGUACAUGUUGGAUAGGAAAGUAUUUCCUUCUCUUGUUUCUCUGAGUCUGCCUUAUUUAGCUCGAGAUCUUUGCAGCUUGGUUCAUGGAUUCUAGCCUUGCCCGUUGCGCAGUAUAUCCAAAUCCAGAUGUAAAACUAGUGAAUGACAUGAAAAGCACUCUCAGUAUCACACUUGACAAAAGGUUUUGUACUUUUCACGUAGCUUGUAACCCUAUAAAUGGGUGAACAGCACAAAUUUUUUUAAGAAUAAAUUAUUUAUAGCAUUAAAAUGACUUUGAUUUGUAUACGUUUGGAAAAUAAACCAGCUUAAAAAGUGUCAUCUACAAGUUAAAUGCAGUAUAAUUGGUGCUCCUUCUGAGUGUUGUGUAAGACCAUUUGGCUAGCAGGAGUUUUACACAAAUUAUAUGAAGUAUUAUUAAAAAAAACCUUUGUUUACCAACAUCAUAAUUUGAAAGCUUUCAGAAUCACCAACAAAACUAUUACAAUGUAAUUUCUGAAGUUAAUAAAAUGAAAAUUCCAGAUUGGCUAAAACUUGUGCAGUGAUUCUUAUUCGAAACAUAAAAACUAAAAUGGGAAUGGGAUAUUUUAGGAUCAUUUUCCAAAAUUAGUAGAUUGACUUUGUGAAUUUAAAUAUGUACAUUAUACAAGUGUUCCAUAUAAUGUUCACCCCAUAAUUGUUUUCUCAGGGGAUGCUUGUUAAUAGUUUGAUGUUAGGAAUGGGUUGUUGUCUUUAGUUUUUACAUGCAACCCCCCCCCCCCCCCCCCAAAAAAAAAAAAAGGCCUGGUAUUUGACCUGUUCUAAAUUAAAAGAUGGAAGGACAUACCUCUGUGUAACAAUGAAAUAACAAUUCAUAUGGAAAAAAUCAAGCCCAAUCAAGCUAAAAUAAAUGGAAAGCUCUUUAAUUUUGAGGAAAGUCCCAUAUUUGGAAGAGAACGUACAUUGCUUGAGCUUAAGCAUGGUCUUUAAUAUUCAGAUUCUGUGAUAAGCAAUCAGUCAGUGAACUUCAGUGUAUUUCUUAACUCAAGAUUUAGCACAUGCUUAUCUUCGUAGCAUUUGAUUUAAUUAGUUAUGUCUCACAAAAUUUCUUUAAACACUAUCAAAUUAGGAAAGCUGGUACUCCAAUUACUUAAUGUAGUAACUUAGUUUUUAUAACUCGACAAAAAAUGUUUUAGAAGACAAGGGUUACAGAAGUCUUUUUAAAAAGUAACAGUGCUUUCCUUUUAUGUUUUCUAAUAGAUUUAACUAUAUGUGGCUCAUUUUAUUUCAAGUCAUUUUAUGGAGUAAUGUUCCUUUAUGUUUGCUAUAGUCAAUUCAUAUAUAUAUUCUGUUCAUUUGACAUUAUGUUCUUUUAUUUGAAAUUGCUUAAUAGUUAUUUUUGAGCUUGUAUAAUUCUUAUUUAUUACAGAUACUUGCAGAUACUCCCAUUCAGCAUCUUGAAAUGCUUUACAUCUCUAUAACCAACAUGGUACUGGCACUAAAAUUGCUUAUUAACUCAAAACUAUUUUAGGACAUUAGAGCAAAAAUCAAAAGUGACUGAAUUUUUAAGAGUUUGCAUAAUUUAAUUUCUUCAAGUUAUUCAAAGCAAUCUGGUGCUUGCAAGUAAAAUUUUAUGCAUAGACUUUAAUGAACAUGUUUGAACCUAUAGUUUACCCUUCUUUGAAAUAUAAUACUAAGGGGAAAUUAAAUUAAAAGCACUGAAGUGAGCAUAUUACUUAUGAGCUUUCUUCCAAUUCAAAAAAUACAUAUAAAAGCAUUUCAGAAAGGAACUGAUUAAGAGUCAUAUUUUGAAAGUUCCACUUCUAAAUGUCACUGCAUAAUAUAAGCUAUGCAGUUCUUAAGUAACAGCUCCAGAUGUAGAAUUAACUUCUGUUGCCAGGCUCAACUUCCUAUGACUACAUUGUGAGACUUAAUUUGUCCAGUUGUCUCACAGUGUUAACACUGCCAGGACUUUUUGUGGGUGGACAAAGUACACCAAUAUUUUCUGGCAUGUGGAUUGGAAAGCAUUUGUGUCACUUUUCAUAUAAACUAAAAACUAAAUUCACCAUUGUAAAAAGAUAUGGAAGAGGCGUAUCUGCAAUAUUCUCAUUUGCAUACAGUGGCUAUUUCUCAAUCUCAGCUGUAAAUUCUAGAGCAAUCAUUAUUCAUACAACAGAAAUGAUCUAUGAAAACAGGUUAGCAUUUUGACCAUCAAUUCCAAACUAGGCACACAAACCAUAAAUUAUAUUGCCACAAUGCUUCUCAUCUUUAUCAGGUAAGUCACUUUAAAAAUAGCACAAAAGAGAAAAAGGAAUUUAAUUUUUAUGUAACCCGUAAAUAGCCUUGUAAAUGUGUAGCUAGCUUUCCUCAGUUUUGAAAUGAGGGGGAACCCACAAGAAAAAGUUAAUAUGGAG